AUGUUUUACAACAAAAUAUUUGAACAUGGAUUUCAAUACGAGCAGCCGGAAUUGUACAAGAAUGAACUGGUUCGCCAAUCAUCAACAGACAGUGCUGAACUUGAAUUCUGUGGUAAACUGCACUUCGCGCUGAAGUACGAUCAGGAGGUGGAAGCGCUGGUUGUCAAGAUAUUCGAGGCCCGUGACCUGCCUAUUAAGGAUGUAACCGGAAGUAGCGACCCGUACAUAAAAGUCUUCCUUCUGCCAGACCGGAAAAAGAAAUUCCAGACUAAAGUCCACCGGAAGAACCUCAACCCUGUCUUUAACGAGACGUUUUUGUUCAGCGUCCCCUACGAAGACCUUCGACAACGCUACCUACAAUUCUCCGUGUAUGACUUCGACCGGUUCAGCCGACACGACCUCAUCGGUCAUGUGGUGCUGAAAGGUCUACUCGAGUCUGCAGACCUGACCCAAGAGAUUGAGUACACUAUGAACAUCUUGGCUCCACCACAGGAGAAAAAGGACCUUGGAGAGCUCAUGCUAUCUCUUUGCUAUUUGCCUACUGCAGGCCGACUGACUGUCACUGUUAUCAAAGGAAGGAAUCUUAAAGCCAUGGACAUUAAUGGAUCUUCUGACCCCUAUGUGAAAAUCUGUCUCAUCUGUCAAGGGAAACGAAUAAAGAAAAAGAAAACUACCGUCAAAAAGAACACACUAAACCCCGUUUACAACGAGGCGCUUGUUUUUGAUCUACCCGCAGAAAAUGUCUACGAUGUCACACUGCUCAUAAAAGUCAUUGAUUAUGAUUUAAUCGGACAAAACGAAUUAAUCGGCUGCACAGCAAUUGGUUCCAACAUGAUCGGCAUUGGUCGUGAUCACUGGUUGGAGAUGUUGGAUAACGCUCGGAAACCAGUCGCACAGUGGUACCCAUUAAACAAAAGCCUUCCCACCAACGUCCCAGUCUCGACCAAGGACCAUAAGGACCAGAAUGCCGCUUUGAACUGUUUAAAUAUGAAGAGACUCCCAAACAAAUGA